AAACGGGAUAACAACUCCAUAGAGAAGCUCCAGCUGAACAACGAGGAAAGAUCAAGAUAAAUUAAAUUGACCUUAAAUACCCUUACGGAUGUUCCCUUGAAUUUGAACAAGUCGAAAUAGAGAGGGGAUAUUUUGGUCAAUGUAGAUGGCUCAAAGCGCCGAGAGAGAGAGAGAGUCCGUCCCGAUAAAACAAAACCCAGAACCAGAAGAAGGCUUUCUUAAAUCCGCAGCCGCAGCCACAUCUCUAACCCUUUAAGCUAUGUCGUCCUCCGCUCAAACCAUGUCUUCCUGGUUCAGCAAAUUCUCCAGUAAGCUAUGUAUCUCUGUCAUCUGAUGAUUCUGAUCGAUUUGUCGUAAUAAACUAGUGGAUUUUUUGAUGUUUCUUCAUUCCUCUCUCAGAAGCUGAGACAGGAGUCUUGUGGGACCUGGAUGAUUUGCCCAAUCCCUAGUGAUCAAACACCUGCGUCGAUCUCUGAUAAUAUCAAAUUAGCUCUCAAGAAUAAUGGUUACACUGGUAACGUUUCGAUGGUUGCUUAUUCCUCUAGUUCUAGCGUGGAGCAGAUCAAUGAAGAAGAAGAGUUUGAAUCUGCCGGCAUCAAGCUUAUCCAGCCAGAUUCCAGGUCAAAACUGAUUUCCAUGUUUAAAGAUAUCUACAUCUGGGGAAUCACUCAUAUGAAUGAUCCAACAAAUUUGUUGAUCAUCUCCGACGACGACAUCUCCCAAGAUGAAGGAAUCGUAGAAGCAUUGGUGCUUUUGAGGAAAAGAGACAACAAUAUCCUCCUGUCUCACCCUCGAAACGCAUCAGGUCUGCUGCUCUCUACCGCUACAUCGGUUUGGCUUUGGAACAGCCUAUCAACUGGAGGGAAUCCUAUCAACAAAACCGGAAGCAACUUUUGUCCGCGAUGUGCCAAAUGGAAUCAGCUGAAGAAGAAACGUCGGAUCAACAAACUCUCCGGCAAGUUUCUGGCGACUCUGUCUCGUACAAGGAAGAAGACGGCUAUUAAAGAACACUAGGCCAGGAACAGAAUGUUUUUUCUAUUUUUAAUUUUAGUUACACUUGUUUGAACAAUAUGCCCCUAGUAGUUAAGUGAUUCCUCUCUGUCUCGUGGAUAUUGCUUUGUGUUUAUAGUAAUCUUUUGAAUUAAUGUUAUUUUAAUUAGCUUGCGCCA